AUGGCAUCCUCAGAAAACAAGAACUCACACCUCUCAGCCAAGCCCGUCGCUGUAACGAGUGACGUUCUUCUCCAAACCCCACUUUCAAGACGUGGAGAAGGUCCGGGACUGCUGCUCAUUGUGCCCAAAGACUACCAAGGCCGAAAUUCUACAGAUGCGAACAAGACUCUUGAUCCGGAGCCGCUGCAGAAAUGGGCUGAGGAGGGAUUUGCAGUUGUAGAAGCCAGAUUUGAUGGCGUCCUUGACCAUUGUGAACUGGCUAUCAAGGCUUUGUUACAGUUGCCCCAGUGCACGUCGAAGGAGAAAGUAGGGGUCAUAGUGUAUGCUCCUCUACCAAAGGAGCUCUGGGAGUACUUGUGUAAAUGGACGCAGGUGGCCGCCAUUGUUAUUUUAACGGCAAACUCGACGUUUACUCCCCCAGAGUGGCCAUUACUGGUUCACAGCUCAGAGGCAAUCACCCUUUCUCGACAAUCUGACACACUUCACAUUUAUGAAAAUGUAAACUCGACGAAUUUUAUCUUACCAGGUCACGAGGACUACCAAGCUGGCCCAGCUGGUGUGGCUCAUACGCGCACAUUGGGAUUUCUUAGAAGCCAUCUUGGAGGACCUCUUUUCAAUCUCGAGGCUAUCUGGGAUGAGCAUUGUCUCUUCGAGUUUGGGGAGCGAAACGUUGAAAAGACGAUGGGUACUAUGGUUGAAGAGCCAUACGUGAACCAUAUUCCCACGAUGACGGGAGGUAUCGGACGCGCAGCACUAACAGCAUUCUAUCGUGAUCACUUUAUCUUCAACAAUCCAGAAGAUACUGCUCUGGAGCUUAUCUCCCGGACAGUAGGAACCGAUCGUGUCAUUGACGAGUUCAUAUUCUGCUUCACCCACGACAAAGUAGUUGACUGGCUCAUUCCCGGUAUACCUCCAACAGGGAAAAGCGUCCGGAUACCUUUCACAUCAGUUGUCAACGUUCGUGGUGAUCGCCUCUAUCACGAGCAUAUAGCAUGGGAUCAAGCUUCCAUCCUGCGACAAUUGGGCCUUCUUCCCGAAUACCUGCCUUUCCCAUAUCCACUUCCUAAUGGGCGAGUGCCUGCCAAAGGAAAGCGAUUCGAGUAUCGCGUUCCAGCCUCGGGUGUUGACACGGCGAGGAAGUUGGUGGAUGAGAACUCGGUCGUUAGUAACGAGAUGCUGGGGUUUGAAAUUAGGGAGGUGGAUGAUGUUUGA